UCUAUCAUCGUGCUUGUUUAGAUUUAACAACUGCAUUAAGGCUUCUAUUUUGCUGUUGGCACCAGCAUUUGCAAGGCUUAUUUUGCGACUUAAUCUUCAGCCUCCUAAAUUUGUUACUGGUAAUUAUUAUUUUGAGUUGGUCUUAUGAAGUAUUACAUUUACAUUUACUCUCUUUCGCCUAGUUACAAUCAGAUCUGUCUGUUCUUUUAGAUUUUGAGUUAGCGCUCCCUAGUCAAAUCCUAUUCUGUUAUGGUUCCAGCUAGCCUCUUGCUUGUAGCCUUGUAGGGGAUAAGAAAAGGUAGAGUUCCCCAAAAACCAUUCGCAAAAUAAUCGAUUUCUUUUCCUGGAAGUCUACGAUUACUCAUUGGCACCAACUUUGCGUCUGCUGGUUCGGGUUACGCCGAGAGAACAGCCAGCUUAUAUAGGGCGGUAUCUCUUACGCAACAGUUGGGAUACUACAAGGAGUACCAGAGUAAGGUGACAAAAUUGGUGGGGAUUGAGAAAGCAAAAGGGAUGUUCUCAGCUGGAAUUCAUCUUCUCGGUGCUGGAAAUAGUGAUUAUCUUCAGAAUUACAACAUCAAUACUUAUAUCUACAGACAGUAUACACCUGAUCAGUUUGCUGAUCUUCUUAUGACCUCCUUCUCUAACUUUGUCCAGUUCUUUAAGCGCUCGGUGGAUCAGUAUGAGAGUGACUUGCAGUUUGUGGUCCAAUCUCUUUUACUUUCUAUGGAUGUAAACGAGCUUCAGCUUGUUAAAUCUGGUCUAUGCUAUGGAAAUUGUAUUCGUUAUGCUUUGGUGAAGCUUCUCAGAUCGUCGGGCUACAAUGCUGCAGUAUGUGCUUCAAAAUGGCAAGGUUGUAACAAGGUGCCUGGAGGUGCAUCCAGAGAAGUACCUGGAUAGUCUUCAAAGCAGCUCGACUGUUGCUCAAAUUGUGGAGGUAUAUCAGAAAUCGUAGAAACUAGUCACACUAUUUGGAUUAUAUUUAGGAGUUAGAGCCUUAUGA